AAGGAAGUGAAUCAAGCGUGUUUGUGAAUCGUCGGCAUCGCACGCUUUUGAAGAAGACUGGCAAGCCGCGUGGGAAGACGUCUUAUGGCCUGGUUCUGGCUUAAAAGCCUUUACGUUUGCUUCGACCUUUCCUUCAACUCUCCCAAGUUCUCUUCCCCCCGCUCCUCGUCGUCCUCUACGUCCUUGUCUAGUUUAUUUCUCAUACUCCGUUUACGACUCCAACAUGUUUGCCAAAAUCGCUGCCCUUGCCGCCCUCGCUCUCCCUCUCGUGUCUGCACUGACGAUCAACACCCCGACGGGUGUUACGACCGGUGGAGUAAUGAAUGCCACUUGGGAGGCGACCACGGCCGAUCCCGGCACCUUCAGCAUUUACAUGGUGAACACCAUCUUCCACAACACGUUCGCCAUCGCAAACAACGUCCAGACCUCGGCGGGCAUUCUCACUAUUACACUGCCCCAAGUCCCUGUUGCUGAUGGUUAUACCCUCCAGGCCAUUAGCAUCACCAACAUCAACACCGUGUACGCAACCAGUGGUGACUUUGCUGUUGGCGCACAGACGACUGCUUCAGUGUCGUCGAUGUCCAGCACGUCCAUGACUUCGAGCACAGGCACCCCAGGCACGGCAUCGACUGUGGCUCCUGCAUCCUCCGCUGCUCCCACCACAGCAACGACCAGCUCGUCCGCAUCCGCUACACCUUCGAACAUCAACAGCAGUGGCGCUGCGUCCCUGAAGAACGGCAUGGGCCCCGCUGCCGUCGUCCUACUCUCAGCAGUAGCCGGUGCCGCUAUCAUGCUCUAAUCCCGCCCCCUCUUACCCCCAAAAUCCUUCUCAGCAUGCCCCCGAGGGUUUCAUAUAAUUUCAAUUUCGGCUUUGGGUUACCACAAGUUUAACAUACCCUGGCUUUAGUUUUUGGUCAUUGAGAACACUACGUUACCCAUAUUUUGCAGUUGGACUUGGACAUAUUUCCGGU